CUCCGCGACCUGGAGGCCUCCGCAGGACCCAUGGCGGACUCGCCCGCUCUGCCCCUGCGGGAAGGCGGCCCCCGCGCGCCCCGGCCCUCGGCCCCUUCGCCGCCGCCGCGCUCGCGCCCCGGCUCCGAGGCCGAGGAGGCCGAGCUGUCGCUGAGCCUGGCCCGCACCAAGACUCGCUCGUACGGCAGCACGGCCAGCGUGCGGGCGCCGCUGGGCGCCGGCGUCAUCGAGCGGCGUGUGGAGCACCGGGUCCGCGCCGGCGACACGCUGCAGGGCAUCGCGCUCAAGUACGGAGUCUCGAUGGAGCAGAUUAAAAGGGCAAAUAAACUGUUUACCAAUGAUUGUAUAUUUCUGAAGAAAACUUUGAACAUCCCAGUUAUAUCAGAGAAGCCUUUGUUGUUUAAUGGACUUAACUCAAUGGAUUCUCCAGAAAAUGAAACUGUUGAUAGCAGUUUUUCUCAUGAAGAGGAGCCAGUAGCAGCUAAGGAAGACCGCUCUCCUCCGAGUCCUCCGGGGGCCACCGUUCAGCCUGUACACCCUGAGGAAGUGUCAGCCAAAGAUUUCCUGCAGAGACUAGACUUGCAGAUUAAGUUGUCAACACAGGCAGCCAAGAAACUAAAAGAAGAAAGCAGAGAUGAAGAAAGUCUCUAUGCAACUUCCCUCUAUCACAGUUAGAUGAUCGGGGGCAUAAUCUAGCCUGGAUUAAGAGAUGGUUGGAGAAUAAAGAAACCAACAACUGGGGAUUCCAAAGCAUCCUUUUUGGAUCCUCAUAGUGCACCUCUUUAAUACACAAUUAAGUAGGUCUGCCUCCUGCAGUGGCAGGAAGUGAUUAGUUACCUUUGGCUCUUAUCAUUUUAUGUCUUUAUGAUGGCAUGAAAGCAGAAUUGUAUCCUAAGACUCAUUACUUUUAUAGGUGGUGGUAGUUUUUAGACUAGCUUUUGUAAAUACUAGUUGACAUAAAGCAUCAAAGACUAUAUACGUAUUCUAGCUAAAAACAAUGUUUAGCGCCUGAGAAAUCCUAAUUGCGUGAACAACAUGGUUGCCGUUUAAGUAAUGCUGAUUUUGCUAUGUGUUUAUACUUAAGUGCUAUAUAUAUAUAUAUUUCAAUAUGUAUUACGCAUUAUGUAUCUAAUAUAAAGAACCAAAUUUUGUCUGCUAUUUUGUAAAAAAUACAAAAGUCUGAAUGAGAAAAUAAAGUAUGUUUUCAUAUUUGAGUCUUCAAUUUUUCUUCAGUGAAAUUGAUUUUUAAAUUAUAUUUUUGAAACUGACAGAAUCUCCUCCAUUUUAAUGGUUUUAUUGGAAUUUUGAAAGAAAAGCUUCAAUAGUCUAAAAGCAAAGCAAUUAUGGUUGCUAGUAACCUUUGCACUUUUAUAGUACUUGACCUGAUGUGUUUCAGAUAGGGUAAAAACAAGAAAUACAAUCAGAGGAAGAUAUAAGAAAUACCAUGCUCUGACACACUGGUGCAUCCUAGUUUAGAUUUCAUUGAUGAGUCAGUCAUUUUAUAGUGACUGAGCUCAUUCAAAUGGAGGGUUAGGUUUUUAUUCACAUUAUAUGUCUUACUUUUAUUAUAUGUACAGGUUACAGCAGUAAACCUUAAGCAAUAUAAUCUUAGCAAUUAAAUUUUGUUGGCUUCAAUUUCUGUUCAAGUACCAGGUUAAAUAAAUCUUUAAGCUUCCUGAAAAAUUCCCCAUAUUUUAUCCCUCCCCAGUCACCUAAGGAGUGUGCUUUCUGUCGGGCAAAAAGGACCUGUGUUUCUCUUCUGAUCUCCCCUGGCUUUCUCUUUCCCAUCUUUCUCCUCCAGGCCUUCCAUUAAGCAGGAAACAAGUGCCUUUAGGCGUUAGUGCUGCAGAGCUUGCAGAACCAGAAUUGCACAGAUCCAAGCCCCUAGGCCGACCAGCUGGCACAGGAAUGGGAGACAGUAGCUGUCUGCCCUUGUCUUUAAUUUCUUGUUUGUUCAUAACAUCUAUAAUCCCUUUUGUUCUUUCUCAGUUUUCCUCAUGAUAAUGACAUCUCCUGUUUUUAUUUCCUUUAUUUCCUGCACUCUUGGCUGUGGGUGAUCUCAUGACCAUGCUUUGCUGUUCUGUUGCAUUUUUCUUGCGUGUUUGUAGCCACUAGUACCUGAACUGCGGGGAGUUAGUUGGAAGAGGCGAAAACUAAGAGAAAAAAAUAAAGGAAGGGAACAGUUGUGUAUGUCAGAAAAGGCCCAGGCUUCCAUGGCAGCCUAGGAAUAUUUUAAAAAUAUAGUUAUCGUGCUGUUUAACAUAAAAUAAUUUGAGAUUAUUUGAAAUUUGAGAGCUUUUGAAAAGACAUGAAUAUAAGAACACUAUCCAAAACUUUAAACAUAAACUGAAACUUGAAAUUAAGACCACAAUCUCAAAAUAAUUUUUUUGAGUAUUUUACUUUUGCCUAAGGUAUCUCUUAGCAAUUUCUAGCCAAAAUGUCUCUCCCCUUUUCAAAAUGUUAAAAUUUUUUAGUUUAUCAUGGCUGCAGUUAAACUCUCCUGCACUAGAGCACUUGAGUCCCUGCCUUGCAGAGAGUCACUGGGAGGAUUGAGAGACAAGAAACCUGGGAUCUGGUCCCUCCCAACAUUACCAGUUCUCGGCCAUACUAUCCUGUGCCUGGGUUCUUUUUGUGAACCAGUCUCCUCAUUUAUCAAAUGGGACCGAUGAUCUCCCUUUUGUCUUGGUUAUCAGUAGGAAUAAUUAAUAUCAGUGUCUCAGAAAGCUGCAAUAAACUGGAAGUAAAUUUACUACUUUAAAAAAAUACUACAUAGAGACCUAGAUAAAUUAUUGAAAAGUGAGUGGAUAAAAUAUAUCAGACACAGUCAGUUUUCUGUCUAUGGCAUAGAAGCAGCCUGUCUGGACCACAGGACAUGGGUGAAGUAGUCAGUCGUGUUAUCAAAGACGCCAUUACAGCCAGUGUGCUUCAGCGCUUGUCAUCAGGGCAGAGGCCUUUUUAGGUCCCUCUCCCAGUUCGCCAGUGAGGGCUGGCUUCGCUAGAACGUAUUAAGUGAGGUUAGUUUUUGUGUGUGACAGGCUUUGGCUAUUGCUGAUUUUUGCAACUCUAGGGAGGGUGGGGAGGAGCAGCAGUGGUCUCCUACCCUUGAACAGUAGUCUCUUUUAAAAUUUCCCUGGAAGUUCCCAUUCUUUCCAAAAAGUGAAUACCAAGUAGGGGCAUUCAGGACAGAAGGCUGAAGUCAUACAGCUAGUACACAAAGCAUUAUAUUAUCUUUAUGAUUUCCAACUGAAAUAUAUGGAAACAUAUUUAUGUAAUUAAUUUAUACUGAAUAAUAUUUUCAAAGUAUUCUUUAGUUUGGCAACAUUGCCCAUUAACAUCAUCGGCGGACCACCGGCCCCUGUGUGUUGCUUUCAGGGCUGUGUUUGUGGUGGAGAUUGAGGAAGAAGAAUGCUAAGAGACCAAAGUUAAUUCUUUUUUUUCUUCAGGGAAGCUCAUCUACGAGCUCUGCUUCUCAGAGAAGGAAAUGACUCUUCUGUUUCUACCCUACUGCCUGGCCUCUCACUCUCUGCUGAGAAACUUUGGCUUGGAUCAAUUUCAGUUUAGGCAGCUCACAUAUGGCAUGAAUUUUUUCCUCGCUUUAUGUAAUGUGUAUGACUUCAUUUUUCUCCUUGAAGAGUACAUAGAUAUCCCUCUUAGUAAACAAACUCAAUGUCUGAAAACUCACUAAUAGAAAAUGUUAAGAGCGGGGGAAAUAAAUCCAGCA